GGCCAAUUCUUCUCAAGAAAUUCUUGAAGAAGUAUGUUCAUCGCAUGAACCAUGCAAUUCUGGAGACACAGAAAAUCAUGAAUCAGAUCAAUGAUCAAAAUGAGCAAGGGGCCUUGGAGGACUGCCUAGACCUACUUGAUCUGUCCGUUGAUCGUGUUACUGACUCAAUGAUGGCUCUAGGCGGCGGUACCACUAGGAUAUCAUAUCUCAAUGUGCAAACAUGGCUCAGUGGUGCGCUCACUAAUCAUGUUACCUGUUUUGAUGGGCUUAAUAUUUCAGGGAGAAAAUUAAGGGAAGUCGUUCAAGACUUAAUUUCAAGAGCAAGGGCAUCUUUAGCCAUGCUUGCGGCAGUUCAUACAGCUCCAAAUGAGGAAGAAAUGAUGGCCCUUGAAGGGGAGGCGCCAUCAUGGCUGACAUUGAGGGACAGGAAACUGUUGGAGAAAUCAGCUGAGGAUAUCAAAGCUGAUGCUGUGGUGGCACGAGAUGGGACGGGGGAUUACAAGACCAUUGCGGAAGCAGUUGCAGCUGCACCUGAUAAAAGCAAGAAACGGUAUGUGAUCUAUGUGAAGAAGGGAACUUACGUAGAGAAUGUCGAAGUGACUAAGAAGAAAAAGAAUCUGAUGAUUGUUGGUGAUGGUAUGGACUUGACUGUUGUCAGUGGUAGCCUCAAUGUUGUUGAUGGAUCUACAACUUUCAAAUCUGCCACUCUUGCUGCUGUUGGUGAUGGACUCAUCCUGCAAGACAUUUGCAUCCAGAACACAGCAGGACCAGAGAAGCAUCAAGCAGUAGCACUUCGUGUUGGGGCAGAUCAAUCCGUCAUAAACCGCUGUCGAAUUGAUGCUUAUCAAGACACCCUAUACAGCCAUUCUCUCAGACAAUUCUACAGGGAUUGCAACGUUACCGGAACAAUCGACUUCAUCUUUGGCAAUGCAGCAGUAGUAUUGCAAAACUGCACACUUGUCCCACGAUUGCCCAUGAAAGACCAGAAGAACAUGGUUACUGCACAGGGGAGGAUCGACCCAAAUCAGAACACGGGGACAUCAAUCCAGAAUUGUGAAAUCAUAGCGAGUCAAGACCUUGAACCAGUGAAAUCUUCAUUUCCUACCUAUCUUGGCAGGCCAUGGAAGGAAUAUGCUAGAGUUGCUGUCCUAGAAUCAUACAUUGGUGAUGAAAUUGAUCCAGCAGGCUGGUCCGUAUGGAGUGGAGACUUUGCACUGAAGACAUUGUAUUUUGGGGAGUAUAUGAACAGAGGACCAGGUGCAGGCACUAGCAAGAGAGUAAACUGGACAGGAUUUCAUGUGAUUACUGAACCGUCUGAGGCUAUGAAGUUCACAGUUGCUGGACUUAUACAAGGAGGUGAAUGGCUGCCAUCUACUGGAGUUGCUUACACAGAAGGACUUUAGAUUAGCAUAUCAUAAUUAGUCAAGUUACAACAAUAUUUAGCAAAUAUAAUUGAGAAUCACUGAGGCUUGAUCUACAACCUUAUAAUUUCAUGCCAUAUUUAGUCUAUUUGGACUAUGUAUUCCUCCUCUUCAUCGCGCUUCUGGUUGGAAGAAAUAAAAGUGAUUAGUAAGAUUCCAGGAGGAACUAACCUCUUCCAUUCCUCA